AUGGUUUCCCUUAUUGUGUCCUUGUACAUAUUUGCCACAAUUUAUGUGGCCUCAGACUGGGUUUGCACUAUCUACUACUUUAUUGGGAAAGGAAAAGAAAACUCUGGCGUUUUCAACCUAUACUGUGCAUCGAUAAUCGGGUUGGGUAUAAAUACUGGCAUUGCUGAUGGUAUCACGAUCUGGCGCUGUUGGAUUAUCUGGGGCCGCCGUUGGUCAUUUGUUAUACCACCAAUACUACUUUUUCUGGCUGGAGGAGUCUGUGGCUGCUUCGCAUUCCAAAGAGGCUUAGACAAUGUCGGUACCGCUCCCGGGACAUCGCUAGAAAUCUUCUGGAUGACGGUGUUCCUUUCCUUCUCCUUAGGAACCACCCUUUGGUGCACCACACUCAUAAUCUAUCGUAUCCUGACAGUCAAGAAGUAUACAGAUGACAGCACAGGUACACAAGUUUACCGCCGAGCCAUUGAGAUUCUAGUCGAGUCCGCUUUGCUUCAUGCCAUUUGCUUAGUAGGAUUCUCUAUGCCAGCAAUAACUGCGAUCUCACCCACGCUUAUCAUGGCACAUGUAGCAUCAGGGAAUGUACAUCCUGAUGGUGACUGGCAAGCAAGCAACGGCGCUUCGUCCUUACAGUUUGGGUCUGCAACUCGCUCGACAAGCAUGAGUCCCGAUAGUGAGUUAUCUGCCGAUAUUGACUUGGAACAUGGUGGAUCAGAGAUGACUGAUAGUCAUGAGCCUGAGGGUGACGUGGAUACCGAAAAGGGAGCUGAUGCGCCAGAGAACAGGAGAACGGAUGGUGCUUCAGAUCUGUGA